ACAGCUGGAACUGCCAGUGCGAGAACAAAAAAAGAAAACACAAAGAUAAAUAAUAAAUAAUUGUCGAGCAAUAACAAUAACAAAUGAGCGCCCUCUUUCGCAGUCUAAAUCAUUUUUCGUCGAAGCGUGAGAAUGUCGUCAAGGAAGCUUUGAUCAACACGCUAAACGAGAAUGCGAGAGAAAUUGAGUUUGAAGUCAAGCAAAAAGGAUUGGAGGUGCUGGGCCUCUGCGAACAGACGAGCGCAUUGUGCACCACCCUGGAAGCCCUAUUUCUGCAUGGCUUGAAGGACUCGUUUCUGUGGGCCACCAUCAAUGUGAUUGCUGGCGAUGUGGAACGACGGCCCGAGCCAAGUUUCUGGUCACCGGCUAUGAUCUUCAUGCACAAGCAGGUGAUCGAGCAGAUCCAGUGCCUCACUCAAAUCACCUCCGAGAUUGGACAGUGUCGCGCCUGGGUGCGACAGUCCCUAAACGAUUCCGUGUUCUCCGCAUACUUGAAUAAUAUGCGUAAAAAUGGUUCAGCCUUGCGGCCCUAUUACACAAGUGAUGCACUGCUCAAGGAUGGCGAAGGCUUGGAAACGGCGGCCAAGAUUAUGGAGAGCCUGGAAGCGUAUGUUUCAUUCGAGCUGCCCGUCAACUCGAGCUUACUCAACCAAUGGCCCGAUUAUGCACUCCAACUCUCCAAUCUGUGGACGCCUGCACUCAAAUCGUGUCCGAUAAGUUGCGGCGUUGAUAUUGCCAGCUCGUUGGCAACUGAAAUUGUGGCCAUACCAACACCGCAGCCACUUCAUACCAACGAACUGUUCUCGGAAUCUAUUUCCAAUAGUCCCUUUAGUCGCGGCGGCCACUUUGGCAAUGCGGAUCUCAAUCAGCACGAAAUACUCGAUUUGUUCAUGCAGAAAGUGGAUGAAAUGGAUAUUAUUAACGAGGAGCAAACGCCCACAUUGGAGGAGGACGCAAAAGAGGCAGAUAAUCCAGUUGAAGCCCAAGUUGAGCACAGGUCUAGCUCGGGCAAACAACUGCGGUCUCGCAAACUAUCCGUACGACACAUUGAGGAGCCGUUGCCUGAGAUGCCACCGAGUGGCAGCAAUUCGCUGACAAAUCUGAUGCAAACCUCUUGGUCCGCCGAUCUGGAUACCCAAUCGCCGACAGAUGAGACUGCUGCACGUUUCUUUCAGCGCUCCGUUAGCAUGAGCAGCGCCUGCAGUCUGCGCUCACCCACUGGCUGCAGCUACAAUGCGCUGUUGCGCAAGCACGAGAAAAAUCGCGACGAUGCCGCCGGCUGGUCACAGAUCUGGGAAAAGUUUUGCGCCAGUGCAUCCACAUUGAAUGCGGCACAGCAACAACAACAGCAGCAGCAGCAGCAACAACAAAGGGAAAGCGAAUCAAUUGUUACCGAUGAUAUGAGUGAUCUGCAAUCUCUUGACACCAAUUCGGACUUUGAGCUAAUCACCUCGAACUUUGACAUGGCGGAGCUGCAACAAAUGGUUGCCCAACUUUGUCAAUUGCCCCGCGAACCCGGUCUCAAUGCACAGGGUUUUCUCUGCAAGGGCUGCCAGCAUCCGCUGGGCAUUGGCGAUAACAAUUUUCAAGUUUGUGCGUUUAGUGGCAACUACUAUUGCAACGGCUGCAUGGAUGCAGAUACUCAACUCAUACCGGCACGCAUCAUUUACAAUUGGGAUUUUCGCAAAUAUUGUGUGAGCAAACGGGCCGCUACCUUCCUGGCCGAGUUUCGGUCGCAGCCCUUUCUCGAUAUGCAGCUGCUCAAUCCCAGUAUUUACUAUGCCUCCGAAGCAAUGGCUGAGCUGCAAUCGUUGCGCAUCCGUUUAAAUUUCAUACGUGCCUAUCUCUACACGUGUGCGCCAUCCAUCAUUGAACUGCUGCAGAGCGAUUUCUGUGGCCGGGAAUAUCUCUAUGAGCACAUACAUCAGUACUCCAUUGCCGAUUUGGCGUUGAUACAGCGUGGCACACUCUGCCAGCAGCUGCAGAAGGCCUUCAAGCUGGGUGAGGCGCAUGUGCUCAAGUGUCGCCUGUGCCAGCUAAAGGGUUUCAUCUGCGAGAUCUGUCAGAGUCCGCGAGUACUCUAUCCCUUUCACAUUGCCACCACAUUUAGGUGUGUUACGUGUGGCGCAGUUUUUCACGCCGAAUGCCUUAACAACCAGCAGCCAUGUCCGAAAUGCGAGCGUGUACGCAAACGGGAGGAUCGCCCCUUGCAGGAGGCAGUAGAGGAACUGCAGCUCAAGCACACCACAUCUUAAGAUGGGAGAUGUGGUGACAAAGAACGCCAUUCAUUUAGUUUUAUAGGGGACAAAAGUGCGAUUGUUUACGAUUCAGUUGUGAUUAAGACUAUUAUUGUUAUAGCUUUAUGUUUUGUGAAAUCUAACUAACUAUUGUUGUUUAUAAUGGACAUAAUAUGUAUACAUAUAUAUAUAUAUCUACUAUAUGCGCUUGAUAGUACAUUGUAUUAAAGACAACACGCAUUUAAAAAGCAUACG